AUGCCACUAACUCUUUUUAACCUCACUUCCAUAGCUGCAAUUCGUUUGCAUAACAACAAUUUUGAUGGCAAUAUACCACCAAAUGUGGAAAACUUCUGGAAUUUGAAUGAAUGUUCCUUGUCCAAUAAUAACAAACUAGAUGGCACCAUUCCUCAACAAGUUUUUACUUUGCCAUCUUUGUCUAAGUACCUUUACCUUUCCCGUAAUUCAUUCACUGGUCCGUUAUCUCCCGCCGUGGGCAAAUUGAAAACACUAAAUGUCUUAGACAUCUCUCAAAACAAAUUGUUGGGCGAAAUUCCAGAUACAAUUGGAGAUUGUUUGAGCCUUGAAUAUCUUGAUAUGCAUGACAAUCUCUUUGAAGGUAAAGUCCCACCUUCUUUGGUUUCCUUAAAAAACAUUACACAUUUGGAUAUCUCAAAUAAUAAGUUGACUGGAGAGAUACCAAGAGACCUCCAAAAGCUCCCUCUCUUGCAAUAUUUGAACCUUUCUUUCAAUGAUCUAGAGGGUGAGGUACCAAAAGUUGGAGUGUUUACAGUGGCAACCAAUGUAUCAUUGCUUGGAAACAAAAAGCUAUGCGGUGGUAUACCUGAGCUAAAGCUGCCUCUAUGUCCCGUGAAGAAAACCAAACAUAUAAAGCAUUUAAAGAUUAUGAUUGUUAUCUUCACAUGUAUUUGCUCGGCUCUGGUGUUUGCAUCAUUCAUUGCUUUUCUAACAUUGUGUUGGAGGAAUGAAAAAAGGAUGGAGUCAGCUAAGACAUCCAAUGUUGAAAAGCUUUCCAAAAUCCCUUACGGAGACUUGCACCAAGCUACUAAUGGUUUCUCUGAGACUAAUUUGAUCGGAUCGGGAAGUUUUGGCACUGUUUACAAAGGUAGAUUGGAGCAAGGUGGAGGAGAACAAACAAUUGCGGUGAAGGUACUUGACCUUUCAAAAAAUGGAGCUUCAAAGAGCUUUCUUGAAAAAUGUAAAGUGUUGAGAAACAUACGCCACCGAAAUCUUGUUCCAAUUUUGACUUGCUGCUCGAGUUGUGAUUUUGCAGGAAAUGAAUUCAGAGCUUUGGUUUAUGAGUUCAUGGAAAAUGGGGAUUUGGAUAUGUGGUUGCAUACACAUUCAUCUAAUGCCCAGACAACCGUUCUAAGUGUUCUUCAAAGAUUAAACAUUGCAAUUGAUGUAGCUUGUGCAUUGCAUUAUCUCCAUGAUGAUUGUGAGCCGACGGUUAUUCAUUGUGAUCUAAAGCCAAGUAACAUGCUGCUUGACAAAGAUUUAACUGCUCAUGUUGGAGACAUUGGUAUAUCAAGACUUUAUUCAUGUACAAUUUGUUAG